AUGAUUGUAUUUAACAUAUGGUCAGUUUUACAGUGGUAUUUGAGGCCCUUCAUCAAAUGGUUCUUAAGGAAAACUACACGAUUGUGCGAAUUGCAAAGAAUUUGUUACGGGGACAGAGUUGGAUCUGAAAGAACACGUAAUGUAGAGAAAUCAUUGAUGAUGUCUCGUACUCGAGACGUUAAAGAAGUUGUUUCAUAUUUAGAUGGUACAGUAUUACAAAGACGAUUCAUUCGUAGUCAUUUUCGUGAAAUCUUGGAUCCGUCAGUGGCUAUCAUACUCAGAGUGAAGAAAAUUAACCCAAAGUUACACGUCUCCUUUAUCGUGUCCUUUCGGCGUUGUUUGGAGCAGAUUUGGAGCUACAGAAGUCUUAUAGAUGAAGUGGAGGAGCUACGACGUACUCAGUUUGACAGUAACAAUGAUGAACAUGAACAAAUGUUGCUGAACUUAUGGUCUUUAUUGGUGCCAGACUCUCCACUGGAAGGUCGAGUAUCGAAACAAUGGCAGCAUAUAGGAUUUCAGGGUGAUGAUCCAAAAACAGAUUUCCGAGGAAUGGGUCUCCUAGGUCUGGAAAAUCUUCUAUUUUUUGCCACAAACUAUCUGCAAGUUUCAAGACAUGUUUUAAGCCACUCUUUGCAUCCAACAUAUGGAUAUACCUAUGCAAUUGUUGGUAUAAAUAUUACUUCAAUGGCAUAUUAUUUACUCAAAGAUGGUUCUGCCAAGACUUAUAUGUUCAAUGCGAAACAAUCUUUGCCUAGUAUUAAUCUAUUCCACAAGUUUUAUUGCUACUUAUUCUAUGAGUUUGAUAAAAUGUGGAUAGAAUCAAAACCUCAAAACAUUAUGGAGUUUUCUAUGAUUUUCAAGAAAUUUGAAAAUGCAGUUAGGAUGGAACUGGCUGAUCCAGCUUCAGUGUUUAGAAUAAAUAUUGAAGUAGACAAUAUAUAA